AUGUCGUCCCCCGACGCGGAAUUUGAGCGUCAGCAGGUUGCUGGGACCAACAAAAGAAAGGCAAAUAAGGCGCAACCCGAGACUGCCGUAAAGCGACGUGCUGUCAGAGCCUGCCUCUCCUGUCGCAGUCGGAAGGUCCGCUGCGAUGUGACAAGUGCAGGGGCGCCUUGCACAAACUGCCGCCUCGACAACGUUACCUGCCUUCUCACCGAGUCAAAUCGCAGCCGGGUUCGUACCUCGGCCGAUACAGUCGAACUGACUAUGAGAAUGAACGAAGCUGCCGCUGAUUUUCCGGUCGCACUCACGUUUGAAGGCUCACGAGGAGUGCCAAGAGCUGGGCAACCCCCUCCACCGGUUGAGAACAGAAUCAUUUCAUGUAGAAGCUCAAUCGCCAGUCCUGUGGCCACUACCACCGACCCUUCACCCCCGUCUGUGGAACAACAAGCGCAGGGCCUGCCUUCGUAUAUUCGCCCGCUCUCAGCACACCUUAAGCCGGAAGACAUUGAGUAUCUAACAAAGAAGGGAGCAUUGACAGUGCCAGACGACCAGCUUCAAUGUGAGCUUCUUCGGAAGUACAUCCAGUACGUCCACGGAUUCAUGCCAAUUUUGGAACUGUCUGCGUUUAUUUCACCGAUUGCUCGCCGUGAUGGAAGUGCCCCAGUAAGCUUGCUCCUACUCCAGGCAGUCAUGUUCGUCAGCGUCGCGUUCGUCGAUCUGGAGUAUCUUAUGGCAAGAGGAUAUGAGAGUCGCAGGUCGGCGCGAAAGAUAUUUUUCGAGAGGGUGCGACUGCUCUAUGAUCUGGACUGCGAGACCGAUCGUACCGCGCUACUCCAGGCCUUGUUGCUAAUGACUUACUGGUAUGAGAGGCCAGAGGACGAAAAGGAAACAUGGUAUUGGACCGGCGUCGCGCUGUCCCAGGCCCAAGUCCUAGGCAUCCACCGCAACCCUGACUACCUGGACGUCAGCCCUGCAGUGAAACGCUUGCGGAAAAGAAUCUGGUGGUCUUGCUUUAUACGAGAUCGUCUUCUGGCCCUGGGAAUUCGGCGGCCAGCCCGGAUUCGCUCUGAUGAUUUCAAUGUUCCGAUGCUGACAUUGGACGAUUUUGAGAUGGCGCCAUUCAAUGACGAUUUAUUACGAUAUCUUGGCCCCCUGCCAAUGGCUGACGACGUUCCCGCAACGAGAAUCAUGUCCAUUGCUUGUAUUGAGCUUGCACAACUCUGUGUUCACAUCGGGAAUAUCCUUUUCACUCAAUAUUCGGUACUGGGCAAUCCAACCUGCGGAUCUGAGGAGAAUAUGGCGAUGAUGGUGAUGCCUAGGAAGUCCGCCGAGCAAAUGAAUGAGAUGGCGAAGUGUGACCUCAAUCUCCGCGGCUGGUUACAAAGCCUCGAUCCCGCCUGUCGGUAUAAAAUCGGCCAUCCACCAGUCGGAAAGGAACAAGAAAAUCAACAAAACGCAAGUCGGCGAAUUUUGCGUGUACAUCUGGCCCUGCUAUAUAUGAUUUACCUCACGGCGACGGCGGUUUUACACCGACCGCGGGCGCUGCGACCUAUUUCGAACUCCGUCGAAAACAGGGUAGACAUGCUGCUGUCAAGUGACAAGGUCACCGACGCCGCGGUGGGAAUCACGGAAAUAAUGUAUGAUUUAUACUACGCCAACCAGUUGCGCUACGCCUCUACUUCCACCAUUCCAGCGCUCGUGUCGGCCACCCUUAUUCACCUGAUCGACAUCCGCUCCUGCGGGGAGGAAGCUCGGUAUACCUCCAUAGGGAGAUUUUACCAAUGCUGGCAAGCCCUCCAGUAUCUUCGAGAGAUGUAUGCAUCUGCAGACCACGCUGUGUGGUUUCUGGAAGCAGUCAUUCAAAAGGCCAACGUCCACAUCCCCAUGUUGAAUGUGGCUCCGUUGCCAGCAAAUGCCAGACCACUACUCAAACCCGGAGGACAUCGUUUCCCGACGAGAUUCACAAGCGCAUCCGUCGAUCCACCAGGGGUUGAGUCUGCGGGACCCCCAGUCAUGUCGGCCAACAAACAUACGACCUCCUUGAACUUUGGGAACACGCCCACAGAUACUACUAAUACCGACAUUAGUGGCUCUACUGUGUGUAACCCCAGGCAGGGAUUUGCGAUGGCGUUGCCAUCGAGUACAGGAGGCUGUUUUCUAGAUCCAGAUAUGGAAGACACUAUCAACGUCGACUCACAUGAUGGCACGUGGACUGAAUUUGACGUUGAGGACGAUCUGCUCCAAGCCCUUGUUCAGUUUGACGCCGACCCAAAGUUUUUUACUACCACGAGCACCGGAUUGUGA